UGAAACGGUCCAGGAACUCCAGAUCCGUGUCUGCAGAUCCGGACUGGUCUGUCUCCAUUCUCUUGAGUCCGGGGGAUCCUUCAGGUCCGGGAACUAAAGGGGGACCUGCGCUCCGGGUCCGAGUCCAGGAUCCAGGUCCAGGUCCGGCUCUGCGCUCCAGGUAAAUCCAGGUUCCAGCUCCACUUGCGCGUCUCCAGCCUGGAAAUGCUCGGAUUCUCCUGCUGCUCCGACACACCAGAGUAACCUGCAGUUAUUCAGGGAAAAGUUGACCCGUCGGUCCAUCCCAACAGGCGUCGUCAUGGCGACCAACGCCAUCGUCAUGGCGACCAACGCCACAGCCCCCAAGGGCUGCGGCUCCAAGGUCGACUCCCUUUACUACAACCUGUGCGACUCCGGCGCGGUGUGGGGCAUCGCGGUGGAGGCGGCGGCGGGCGCCGGCGUCGUUUUCUGCUUCGUCCUCUUCGUGAUGCUGCUAGCUAACCUUCCCCUGACGAAGAACCACGACCAGAAGAGCUCGGCUGUUCUCCACGCCGCCUUCCUGCUCUGCACCGCCGGCCUGUUCGGCCUGGCCUUCGCCUUCAUCGUGGGGAAGGACUUCUCCACCUGCAGCGCUAGGCGGUUUCUGUUCGGGGUUCUGUUCGCCGGGUGUUUCUCCUGCCUGCUGGUUCAGGCCGUGAGGCUCAACGUGCUGGUCCGGCGUAGCGACGACAGCGCCGCGCCGCGGAUCUGGCCCUUCUGCCUGGUGGCGCUGGCUCUCUGGCUGGUGGAGGUUGUGAUCAACGUGGAGUGGCUGAUCAUCACGGUGGUCCGGCACCCGCAGGGUCCCCCCAACGCCUCGGCCGACACUAGCAGAGCCACGGCGACACCCUGCAACGUGGCCAACCAGGACUUCGUCAUGGCCCUGAUCUACGUGAUGGCGCUGAUGUUGGCGGCGUUGGCGGCGAGUCUCGCCGUUCUGGCCGGCAGAUCCGGCCGGUGGAAGAAGGAGGGCGGCCUGAUCCUCCUAGCUAGCCUGCUCUCCGUCGGCGUGUGGGUGGCCUGGAUCGUCAUGUACGUCUACGGCAACGAGAGGACCGGCGGGCCGGCGUGGGACGACCCCACCCUGGCCAUCGCCCUGGCGGCCAACGCCUGGCUGUUCCUCGUCAGCUACACCAUCCCUAACGUCUGCUGCCUGAGCGGCGGUGGCGCCGAGGACCAGCUAGCCUACGAGCAGAACCUGUACGCCGGCCGGGGAGUCGGGUACGAGACCAUCCUGAAGCAGCAGAGCCAGACCAACCUGUAUGUGGAGAACAAGGCCUUCUCCAUGGACGAGCCCAACCAAGGCUCCAAGCCGGUGUCUCCGUACAGCGGCUACACCGGGCAGCUCCGCAGCUCCGUCUACCAGCCCACGGAGCUGGCCCUCAUCUCCAAGGCGGUGGGAAAUCAGCACCAACCGGAGCGUUCCUACGACAUGAUCAUCCCCAGGGCGUCCACGGGCUCCGCGGGCCCCCCCGGAGGGCCCGGUACCGGCACCGGCGAGGCCGGGAACUCUGCACAAACACAUGGUCACGGCCUCCAGAGGACGCCUCAGUGGUGACCCGUCCUCAGACCCGUCCUCAGACCGGACCAGAACCGCUUCACUUUACGUCCUUUUCCCUCCUCGUUCUCGUCCAGGGGUCACUGAGACACACGACCCUCUAACCGGCAGCAGAUAAACCUCCCGUUGACGGAUCGUCGGCGUGACGCCGGAGCACCCGGACAGAGAAGAGUUUAGUCUGUAACCGACACCCAGAGGUGAAGCUGCAGAACGAAGGCUUCCUGCAGCCGCCGCCAUCGCUGAGCUCAGAGCUCAGAGCUGGACAGACGGAUAUAUUUAUAUAUUUACCGUAUUUUCUGGACUAUAAGCCGCUACUUUUUUCAUAGGUUUUCAACCGUGCGGCUUAUACAAAGGUGCAGCUUAUACGAAGGUUUUUCUUCCACCGCUCGGGGCGCUCUAACCGGAAUUAGAAUCAAAACUAAGACAAAAUAUAUGCAAAGAAGAAUACGCUACUUCUUCUUUAGCAGAUAGAAGUAGGUAGAAGCAGAUUUCAAACAGAUAAAUGGAUAACUUUCUCGACACUUUGACUUUUUUCUCAAAAUUUCGACUUUUUUUCUCAAAAUUUCGACUUUUUUCUCAAAAUUUCGACACAUUUCGGCGCUCUAACCGGAAUUAGAUAAGAAAACUAAGACAAAAUAAAUGCAAAGAAGAAUACGCUACUUCUUCUUUAGCAGAUAGAAGUAGAAGCAGAUUUCAAACAGAUAAAUGGAUAACUUUCUCGACAUUUCGACUUUUUUUUCUGAACAUUUAGACUUUUUUUCUCGACAUUUCGACUUUUUUUCUCGACAUUUCGACUUUUUUUCUUGACAUUUCGACUUUUUUUUCAACAUUUUGACUUUUUUUCUGGACAUUUCAACUUUUUUUCUCGAAAUUUCGACUUUAUUUCUCGACAUUUCGACUUUUUUUUCAACAUUUUGACUUUUUUUUUCGACAUUUUGACUUUUUUUCUCGAAAUUUCGACUUUAUUUCUUGACAUUUCGACUUUUUUUUCAACAUUUUGACUUUUUUUCUGGACAUUUCAACUUUAUUUCUCGACAUUUCGACUUUUUUUUUUUCAACAUUUUGACUUUUUUUGUGGACAUUUCGAUAAACGCUCGAGGCGCUCUAACCGGAAUUAGAAUCAACACUAAGACAAAAUAAAUGCAAAGAAGAAUACGCUACUUCUUCUUUAGCAGAUAGAAGUAGAAGCAGAUUUCAAACAGAUAAAUAGAUAAAUAAAUAUCGGUUAUUUUCUCUUGGUUCUGUCACGUUUUAAUCAGCAAAGUUGCUGCCGUGUUAAAAGACACUGUUAGGAAAGAUCUAUUUAGGUACAAACAUGUACAUCAUUUACAGUUCAAAAUCCUUCUGUACAUGUAGUAAAUAUCUAAUCUAACAACAGAAAUAUCUGCAGCUUGCAUAUCUUUUUUUUAAAUAGAACGGAUGCAUCUUAUAUGCAGGUGCAGCUUAUAGUCCAGAAAAUACGGUAAUUAUGGAGAGUGAUGAUGCUGACAAACUGUUGGAUAUGGACUCUGGUCACAUGAUUCAAAUAUAAUAUAAAUAUAUCUAAUAUGAUAUAUAUUAUAUAUAAAAAAUGCAUAUACGCCAUAGGUUUUUACUACCUUGGUAUUAACCAUUAAUAUUUAUGCAAACCAAAAAAAAUGUAUGUACAUAAAUGUGUUAAAGUGUCACUGAUUCAUCCCUGCCAUGAAUGAUUGUAUUAAUGUGUAUGUUUAAUACUUUUUAAAUUCCAUUUCAAUUACAUUUUUUUUAUUUAUAUAGAAGCUAUUACAGCACAGAUUGUCUAGGAAUGACGUCCUCAUGGCAACAGAGCUUCUUUCACGUUUCUGCACGCUUUUAAAAGUCUUUUUUUGCUGUUAUGUGAAUGUUGUUAAUGUAAAAACAAGAGUUAAAACGUUCUCCCAAAUAGCCAAAGAUGUAUAAAUAUGAACUGUACUUCAUGAAUGUUGAAUAAAAACUGAUUCUAGGGACUAAAGAAAUUCUUCUAUCAACAGUGUUUGUGAUAGAAAACAGUCGGGUGGUAAAACAUAACUAGACACGUUUAUUUAGGACUGAAGUUAGAUUUUACAACAUUAAAACGGUUCUGGAGGGAUUUUUAACUGCUGUUUUUUUUUUAUGAUGCACUUUCACAACUUGAUUGUACUUUAUUUCUAUCAAAAUUAUAAACAAAACAACAACCAAAACUGUCCUACAACUUAAAUGAAAACAAAAGUUUACUUUAUCUGAUAUUACAAGUUCAAAGAAGUUGUCAAAAAAAUCAUUUCAGGGUCUAAAAGUUACCAGAGUUAUAGUUGUAUUGUGUUCAUUAUGUCUUAAGAUGC